CUGCAAGCACAAGACCGAGCUCACCGCAUUGGUCAACAGAACGAGGUCCGGGUGCUGAGACUCUGCACCGUGAACAGUGUGGAGGAGAAGAUUCUUGCAGCUGCCAAAUACAAGCUGAACGUGGAUCAAAAAGUUAUCCAGGCGGGCAUGUUUGAUCAGAAGUCUUCAAGCCACGAGCGGAGGGCAUUCCUGCAGGCCAUAUUGGAACAUGAAGAGGAAAAUGAGGAAGAAGAUGAAGUACCAGACGACGAGACUCUGAACCAAAUGAUUGCUCGACGCGAGGAAGAAUUUGACCUUUUUAUGCGCAUGGACAUGGACCGGCGGAGAGAAGAUGCUCGAAAUCCAAAGCGUAAACCGCGCCUAAUGGAGGAAGAUGAGCUGCCCUCUUGGAUUAUUAAGGAUGAUGCUGAAGUAGAAAGGCUCACGUGUGAAGAAGAGGAAGAGAAAAUAUUUGGCAGGGGCUCUCGCCAGCGCCGCGAUGUGGACUACAGCGAUGCCCUCACAGAGAAGCAAUGGCUCCGGGCCAUCGAAGACGGCAAUUUGGAAGAAAUGGAAGAGGAAGUACGGCUUAAGAAAAGAAAAAGGCGAAGAAAUGUGGAUAAAGAUCCCGUGAAGGAAGAUGUGGAAAAAGCUAAGAAGAGAAGAGGCCGCCCUCCAGCUGAGAAACUCUCACCAAAUCCGCCCAAACUGACAAAGCAGAUGAAUGCUAUCAUCGACACUGUUAUAAACUACAAAGACAGUUCAGGGCGACAGCUCAGUGAAGUCUUCAUUCAGUUACCUUCCAGAAAAGAGUUACCAGAGUACUAUGAAUUAAUUAGGAAGCCAGUGGAUUUCAAAAAAAUCAAGGAGAGAAUUCGUAACCAUAAGUACCGGAGCCUGGGCGACCUGGAGAAAGACGUCAUGCUUCUCUGUCACAAUGCACAGACAUUCAACUUAGAGGGAUCCCAGAUUUAUGAAGAUUCCAUCGUCUUACAGUCAGUGUUUAAGAGUGCUCGGCAGAAAAUUGCCAAAGAAGAAGAGAGUGAGGAUGAUAGCAAUGAGGAAGAGGAAGAAGAAGAGGAAGAGGAGUCCGAGUCAGAGGCAAAAUCUGUUAAGGUGAAAAUCAAGCUUAAUAAAAAAGAUGAGAAAGGGCGGGACAAAGGAAAAGGCAAGAAAAGGCCAAAUCGAGGGAAAGCCAAACCUGUUGUGAGUGAUUUUGACAGUGAUGAAGAGCAGGAUGAAAACGAACAGUCAGAAGCAAGUGGGACUGAUGAUGAGUGAACACUUGGACCUUUUUUUUCCAUCAUAGAACUGAAUCCUUUCCUCUUCCCACAUUUCUUCCCAGUGAGUUCACUUGUCGUUGGGGGCACUGGGUUGUUUCUACGUCCUCAUCCUCAUCUAUAAACUAGCUUUAGGAUAGUGCCAGACAAACAUAUGAUAUCAUGGUGUAAAAAAAAAUACACACGCAAAUAUUUGUAACAUAUUGUGACCAAAUGGGACUCAAAGAUUCAAAGAUUAAAAGCAACAAAAGCUUUUGAUGGAAAAAAUAGGUGGGUGGAAAGUAUAUUUCUAUGGGUGGUUCUAAUUUGGUAACUAUUUGAUUGUGCCUGGUUUUAUCACCUGUUCUGAUGAGAAGAUUUUGUUUGUCUUUUGUAGUACUGAUAACCAGGAGAAGCCAUUAAAAGCCACUGGUUAUUUUAUUUUUCAUCAGGCAAGAUUUUUCAAGAUUUUUAUUUGUUCAGUACUUUUUUUUUACACUGUGAUACAUAUAAGCAACUUUAAUAGGUGAUAAAUGUGUACAGUAGUUAGAUUUCACCUGCAUAUAUACAUUUUUCCAUUUUAUGCUCUAUGAUCUGAAGAACAAAAGCUUUUUGAAUUGUAUAGGAUUUAUGUCUACUGUAAACAUUGCUUAAUUUUUUUCCUUUCUGCUCUUGGUUUUGAAAGUUUUGUUAAAAGCGCAAUUGACUAUUGCAAUCUUUAGAGUGUAUUGAAUGGCUUCCUUUGUCCACUUGACCUCCCAAGUUCCCAAGGUGUAUUGUCUCCUCCCUAAAGUGUACUUAAUCUUUGCUUUCUUUGCACAAUGUCUUUGGUUGCCAGUCAUAAGCCUGAGGCAAAUAAAAUUCCAGUAAUUUUGAAGAA